CGUCGACGUCGACGGCUCAUUCGCGUUUCAACCUUUGCGCGACUCUCACGCAACGUCAGAGCGGAGUUAGCAUCAACGGGAUUUGAAGUAAAUCACGAAACAAAAAUUUCAUAUAAACACGAGUAAAGUAAACGCUGUCGCUGCGCCUCCUCCUUCGCCACUCGUUUAAAUUUGUAUAUCGCAGUGGCUGAUAAGCAAAACGAAAAUACGAACACACGCAAAAUAAAAAAAAAAGAAGCACAGCAGCGCCUCCUCAGCCGAAAGCCAUGGCAAGACAAGGCAAAACAAUGGCAAUAACGGUCGAGUAAUUAACAAAAAUGCGCGUCGAGCGACAACUGAAUGAAGAAAAAGUAAGAGAAAUAAAAAUAGCUAAGCAAACUGAAGUGAAGUGAACUGAAAAUUGUGUGUGUGAGCGAGAAUUCCAUUGAGUAGUGAACUUGGAAGCGUGAAGCUGAGGCGCCUCCGGCUGGUUCCCAGGCAGGUCGCACUCGACUUUUAUAUGCAACAUCCACUUGCAUAAGAUCGGUAUCAGUGUGUGUGCGUAAAUCCCUCUUCGCGUGUGUGUGUGUGUGUGUGUGUGCGGAAAUGGCUUAGCGCGUUGGCAAAAAUGUUGUGAUUAAAAGUGAACGUUACGUUUGUGUGUCAAGAGGGGGUCAACGUCAAACUAGCGUGCCUCAAACGAACAAGCGAACGAAAGCGCGAAAUUCGCCAAAUACCUAAAGCCAGUAACAGCAAUCACAACCACAGCAAACAGCAACAGCCAGCAACGACAGCAACGAUGACAGUCGACGCAACAUCAGCGGCAACAGCAGUUGCAACAUCGCUUGCAGCGGAAGUAGCAGCAACCACAACAAACAGCAGUAGCAACAACAUCAACAACAGCGACAGCAGCACGGAGAACAGUCCUGUCCAUCAGCUCAACAGUAGCGUGGACAGUGGCAUCGCAGUCCUCGACACGGAGAUGGAGGCACAAAGCCUCAAGCUGCGUCAGCGGUUGCAGCAAUGUCAGCGCAUUCUUCAGGUGCUGCAGCGGGAUCACACUACGUAUCAGCUGCUGCGCGAUAGAUUAAGCAAAAUAGUCGAUAAAAAGAAGGAGAAGAAGGAGAAUGGCGAGGAGCUGCAAAGCUGCAAUGUCUGCGGUGCGGACCUCGAUACAAGCAGUGCCAAAAACUAUGUCACGUGUUGCACAUGUGGCAAAUUCGUGUGCCGUGGCAUCAAGUGCGCCGACUGGCGGCCAAAGGAUGCCCAAUGGGAGUGCGAGCUGUGCCACAGCUCGAAGCAAUCGCUGGCCCACACCUCCUCGUGGGUUGCCGAGCAAAUGUGCUUCAAUCAGCAAAAGUUCGUCUAUCCCCUGCGGGCACGCAGCGAAGUCUACAUACCCAUCACAGACAGCUCAAUGCAGUUUGAGAGCGUCAGUCAAGCGGGAGCGAAUAGUAUGACCAACAUGACUGGCGAGGAACGCAACAGGAUACGUGAAUAUGUCGAGGAAAUUGUUGCCGAAAUGCUUGGCAGUAAUCUGGAUCACAUCAAAGUCGGUCAAUUGUCUAAGAGCGAGAACUACAUGCAGCUGUUUGAUAGAUACCAUGCGAAACUGAGCAACCUGCUUAUCAAUGUGGAGAACGCUUUGUGCGCUCGUGCGCUCAAAGGAGAUUUGCCCGCCAUUGUCAACGGCAACAGCAACAAUAACAACAAUAAUAACAACACCAACAGCAGCAACAACAACAGUGGCAACAACAAUGAGCUGUCGGACAUUUCGCAGACGCGACUGCGCAAUCUUAUUGAGAGCAUCAUUGCGGAGACGCUGCGCACUGGGGCAAACACCUUGGGUCCCAGCGCAGCUGUUUCGGAGAUAAGUCUGGACACCCGCUCGACUGGGCAGCUCAGCAAUGGCAACAAGCGGCGCCAUCGCACCGAGCACUAUUUCGAGCCAAAGAUCUAUCAGGAUCUGUUGGCCACAGCGGUGCUCAAUAAGAUUGCGGAUAAGGAAGGCAAUGCCAGACUUAUAUCGGAGAGCACACCGGACCUGAGUGGUCACAACAUUGAUGAGAAUUACAAUGCCGAAGCGUUGAGCACUACGUCCGGUAGCUCCAUAGAACCGCGCAGCGACUGCAGCCUAACCGACAAUGAACUGCUACUCAAUGCUGGCAAAACCGAAUCGCAUGCUGGUUUGAAAGCUGAUUUAGAACGCGAAUCGGUUUUGAGUGACUAUAUUGCUGCUCACAUGGUGCCGCUGCCUGACUUCUCAGCGUCUGUUACCGAAUCAGAAGAUGAUAUUACCUCCAUGUCAUCGAGUAUGGUCGGUGAUGCCACCUGGGAAGACAACUGGCUAUUCAAAAAGAAGCGCAGCACCUUGCAAAGUUCGGCAACACCGAGCAGCAUUGGAAUGCUGGUGCCGGCACCCAAGGAGAAUGUGCGUGCCCAGAUUGGCGAUAGAACCGCCGAUGAGGUUAGCGAUCUGUCCGAGAUAGGCUCAGAUGCCGAAGAGUCAUCUCUGGAUUUAUUGCGAUGCAAUGAUUUAAACGAUCGACUGUUGAGCAAGCAUCUGAUUGGCGGCCAAAACACAAAGCUAGUGCUGGAUGAGCUAGUGGAUCGCACGAGCUUAACCUCAAACACUUUGCCAGAAGAGCACGAACCAGCCAUUACUGAGACCACAAAUACAUUUGUCACACAGCCCUCGACAAUUUCAGUGCCAAAAGAACAAAUGGCUCCACCGCCACCAAUGAGUUUUCAAGAUGACCAGGAAAACGAAGAUCCUGCCCAAACUCUAAUAGCAGCCAGCUUACACGAAACAGAUGAUCUUGCCGAUCUCGAGGGUUGUACGGGCUUUGGGGACGUUGAAUAUUUUGAUGAUAAUCAAGAAGUUGAAAAUACACCAUCUGUCAUCGAAAUAUUAGCUGCCAUGGCGCUGGGACCCAUGCUAGCAGUUCCAGCAUCUGAGCAGCCCCCGAUUAUGACGGCCACCGAAAUUCAUACACUCAAGGAAUUAAGCGAUUUAGCUCUAGCUGAAAUUAACGCGCGCACAAUGGACCUAACUCACCAUUCACUGGAUAUCAUCGAAGAGGAGUAUGCGGAUGCACAACCUGUACAAAUUUUAACUCCACAUGAUGAAGCUUCAAACCCCUUUGUUGCUGCCGUUGAAUGCGCAGAGUUAGCAGAAAAAGUUCCCGAAGAUACGGCGGUAAUAAAUGCACAAGCAAUCGAGAUUUCGGAAAUUAUGCUCACUCCAGAUGAAACACCUGUAGCACCUCUUACAAUUGUUGCUUUUGCGGAUAUUUUACCCACGCCACUGCUUUCUCCUACGGAAUUUUCUGCACCAGAACAAACAGAUUUAACAUCAGUUCUAGACACGACAGCAUUCAUCUGUCCAUCAACGGAGGUUCUUCCUACACCUAUAACAGAAAUCUCUACACCGGUAAUAGAAAACGUUUCAGUAGUGGAGAAUCCCUCACCAACAUUAGAAAUUCCUGCACAUGCAUUAGAAGAGGUGGCUGCCAAAGAGAUUUCAGCUCCAUCAAUAGAGGAGAUUACUGUGGCGGAAAUUCCCGCGCCACCAAAAGAGGUGGCUAUGUCUGCAACAGAAACACCUGCACCAAAAGAAGAAGAGCUUGCUACAACUGAGAUUCCUACUUCUGUUAUUGAAGAAGCUCCUGCAUUAAAAAUUCCUGCACCACCAGAGGAGAUUGCAGUGGCAGAAAUUCCUGCACCUGUAAUAGAUAACGUUACUGCAGCAGAAAUUGAGGAGGUUGCGGUGCCGGAAAUUCCUGCCCAGGUAAUAGAAGAGGUUGCCGCAACAGAGAUACCUGCACCUAUAAUUGAAGAAGUUGCUGCACUAGAAGUCCCUGUACCACCAGAGGAGAUUUCUACACCAGUAAUUCCUGCCCCAGUAAUAGAAGACAUUGUUGCCACAGAGAUUCCAGAACUUGUAAUUGAAGAGGCAGCUGCCCCAGAAAUCCCUGCACCACCAGAGGAGGUUGCUGUGGCGGAAAUUCCUGUGCCAGCAGUUGAAGAGAUUGAUGCACACGAAAUCCCUGCACCAGUAAUCGAAGAGUUUGCUACAACAGAGAUUCCUUCACCUGUAAUUGAAGAAGCUCCAGCAUUAAAAGUCCCUGCACCUAUAAUAGAUGACAUUACUCCAAAAACGAUUCCUACAAAAGAAAUAGAGGAGGAUGCUGUGGUUGAAAUUCCUGCUCCAGUAAUAGAAGAGAUUGCCGCAACAGAGAAUCCUGCACCUAUAAUUGAAGAAGUUGCUGCUCUAGAAUUCCCUGUACCACCAGAGGCGUUCCCUAUGGCAGAAAUUCCUGCCCCGGUAAUAGAAGAGGUUGCUACUACACAAAUUCCUGCAGCAGAAACUACUUCACCAGCAGUAGAUGAGGUUGCUGUGACAGAAACUCCUGCACCAGCAACAGAGGAGGAUGCUGCUACAGAAAUUCCUGCGCCAGCAAUAGAGGAGGCUGCUGUCACAGAAACUCCUGCGCCAACAAUAAAAAAAGUUGCUGUUACAGAACCUCCUCCGACAGCAAGAGAGGAAGUUGCUGCUACAGAGAUUCUUGCACCAGCAACAGAGGAGGCUGCUGUCACAGAAACUACCGCGCCAACAAUAGAAGAAGUUGCUGUGACAGAAAUUCCGGCGCCAGCAAUAGAUGAGGUUGCUGUGACAGAAAUUGCUGCGCUAGCAACAGAGGAGGUUGCUGUGACAGAAACUCCUGCCCCAGCGACAGAGGAGGUUGCUGCUACAGAAACUCCUGCAUCAUCAAUAGAGGAGGUUGCUGCUGCGAACAUUCCAGCACCACCAAUAGAGAACGUUGCUGCUACAGACAUUCCUGAGCCAGAAACAGAGGAGGUUGCUGCUACAGAAACUCCAGCACCAGCAACAGAGGAGGUUGCUGUGACAGAAAUUCCUGCGCCAGCAACAGAGGAGGUUGGUGUGGCAGAAACUCCAGCACCAUCAAUAGAAGAGGAUGCUGGGACAGAAACUCCAGCACCAGCAAUAGAAGAGGUUGCUGUGACAGAAAUUUUUGCGCCAGCAACAGAGGAAGUUGCUGCUACAGAUAUUCCUACACCAGCCAUAGAAGAGGUUGCUGUGACGGAAACUCCUGCGCCAGCAACAGAGGAUGUUGCUGUGACAGAAACUCCAGCACCAGUAAUAGAAGAGGUUGCUGUGACGGAAAAUCCCGCACCAGCAACAGAGGAGGUUGCUGUGACAGAAACUCCAGCACCAGCAACAGAGGAAGUUGCUGCUACAGAUAUUCCUACACCAGCAAUAGAAGAGGUUGCUGUGACGGAAACUCCUGCGCCAGCAACAGAGGAGGUUGCUGUGGCAGAAACUCCAGCACCAGCAAUAGAAGAGGUUGCUGUGAGAGAAACUCCAGCACCAGCAACAGAGGAAGUUGCUGCUACUGAUAUUCCUGCACCAGCAAUAGAGGAGGUUGCUGUGACAGAAAUUCCUGCGCCAGCAACAGAGGAGGUUGCUGUGACAGAAACACCUGCGCCAGCAACAGAGGAGGUUGCUGUGACAGAAACACUUGCGCCAGCAACAGAGGAGGUUGCUGUGGCAGAAACUCCAGCACCACCAAUAGAAGACGUUGCUGUGACAGAAACUCCAGCACCAGCAACAGAGGAAGUUGCUGCUACAGAUAUUCUUGCGCCAGCAAUAAAGGAGGUUGCUGUGACAGCAACUCCUGCGCCAGCAACAGAGGAGGUUGCUGUGACAGAAACACCUGCGCCAGCAACAGAGGAAGUUGCUGUGACGGAAACUCCUGCGCCAACAACAGAGGAGGUUGCUGUGACAGAAACUCCAGCACCAGUAAUAGAAGAGGUUGCUGUGACGGAAACUCCUGCACCAGCAACAGAGGAGGUUGCUGUGACAGAAACUCCAGCACAAGCAAUAGAAGAGGUUGCUGUGACAGAAUCUUCAGCACCAGCAAUAGAAGAGGUUGCUGUGACAGAAACUCCAGCACCAGCAACAGAGGAGGUUGCUGUGACAGCAAUUCCUGCGCCAGCAGCAGAGGAGGUUGAUGUGACAGAAACACCUGCGCCAGCAACAGAGGAGGUUGCUGUGACGGAAACUCCUGCGCCAGCAAUUGAGGAGGUUGCUGCUACAGAUAUUCUUGCACCAACAAUAGAAGAGGUUGCUGUGACAGAAACUCCUGCGCCAGCAAUAGAGGAGGUUGCUUCUACAGAUAUUCUUGCACCAACAAUAGAAGAGGUUGCUGUGACAGAAACUCCAGCACCAGCAACAGAGGAGGUUGCUGUGACAGAAACUUCCGCGCCAGCAAUUGAGGAGGUUGCUGUGACAGAAACUCCAGCACCAGCAACAGAGAAGGUUGCUGUGACAGAAAUUCCUGCGCCAGCAACAGAGGAAGUUGCUGUGACAGAAACUCCUGCGCCAGAAAUAGAGAAGGUUGCUGUGACAGAAACACCUGCGCCAGCAACAGAGGAGGUUUCUACUACAGAUAUUCUUGCGACAGCAAUAGAGGAGGUUGCUGUGACAGAAACUCCUGCGCCAGCAAUAGAGGAGGUUGCUGCUACAGAUAUUCUUGCACCAACAAUAGAAGAGGUUGCUGUGACAGAAACUCCUGCGACAGCAAUAGAGGAUGUUGCUGUGACAGAAAUUUCUGCGCCAGCAACAGAAGAGGUUGCUGCUACAGAUAUUCUUGCACCAACAAUAGAAGAGGUUGCUGUGACAGAAACUCCAUCACCAGCAACAGAGGAGGUUGCUGUGACAGAAAUUUUUGCGCCAGCAACAGAGGAGGUUGCUGUGACAGAAACUUCCGCGCCAGCAAUUGAGGAGGUUGCUGUGACAGAAACUCCAGCGCCAGCAACAGAGAAGGUUGCUGUGACAGAAAUUCCUGCGCCAGCAACAGAGGAAGUUGCUGUGACAGAAACUCCUGCGCCAGAAAUAGAGAAGGUUGCUGUGACAGAAAUUCCUGCGCCAGCAAUUGAGGAGGUUGCUGCUACAGAUAUUCUUGCACCAACAAUAGAAGAGGUUGCUGUGACAGAAACUCCUGCGACAGCAAUAGAGGAUGUUGCUGUGACAGAAAUUUCUGCGCCAGCAACAGAAGAGGUUGCUGCUACAGAUAUUCUUGCACCAACAAUAGAAGAGGUUGCUGUGACAGAAACUCCAUCACCAGCAACAGAGGAGGUUGCUGUGACAGAAAUUUUUGCGCCAGCAACAGAGGAGGUUGCUGUGACAGAAACUUCCGCGCCAGCAAUUGAGGAGGUUGCUGUGAAAGAAACUCCUGCGCCAGCAAUUGAGGAGGUUGCUGUGACAGAAACUCCAGCGCCAGCAACAGAGAAGGUUGCUGUGACAGAAAUUCCUGCGCCAGCAACAGAGGAAGUUGCUGUGACAGAAACUCCUGCGCCAGAAAUAGAGAAGGUUGCUGUGACAGAAAUUCCUGCGCCAGCAAUUGAGGAGGUUGCUGCUACAGAUAUUCCUACACCAGCAAUAGAGGAGGUUGCUGUGACAGAAAUUCCUGCGCCAGCAACAGAGGAAGUUGCUGUGACAGAAACUCCUGCGCCAGAAAUUGAGAAGGUUGCUGUGACAGAAACACCUGCGCCAGCAACAGAGGAGGUUUCUACUACAGAUAUUCUUGCGCCAGCAAUAGAGGAGGUUGCUGUGACAGAAAUUCCUGCGCCAGCAACAGAGGAAGUUGCUGUGACAGAAACUCCUGCGCCAGAAAUUGAGAAGGUUGCUGUGACAGAAACUCUCGCGCCAGUAACAGAAGAGGUUGCAGCAACGCAAACUACUUCACCAGCAAUAGAGGAGGUUGCUGUGACAAAGAUGCCUGCACCAGAAAUAAAAGAGGUUGCUGGAAUAGAAACUCCAGCACCAGCAAUAGUAGUUGCUAUGACUGAAACUUCUACGCCGGCAACAGAUAUGGUUGCUAUGACUGAAACUUCUACGCCGGCAACAGACAUGGUUGCUAUGACUGAAACUUCUACGCCUGCAACAGUGGAGAUUGCAGCAACGGAAAGUACUUCACCAGCAAUAGAGAUUCCUCUACCAGAAAUUCGAGCAUCAGCCAUAGAGGAGGUUUCUGUGACAGAAACUCCUACGUCAGCAACGCCGGAGGUUGCAGCAGCACAAACUACUUCACCAGCUAUAAAUAAAGUUGCUGUGACAGCAACUCCUGCGCCAGCAACAGAGGAGGUUGCCUCAGCGGAAGCUAUUUCACCAGCAAUAGAGAAGGUUGCUGCUGCAGAGAUUCCUGCACCACCAAUAGGGCAAGUUGCUGCUGCGCAAACUAGUUCACCGGCAAUAGAGGAGAUCUCUGCUACAGAGAUUCCUGCACCAACAGGUCAGGAGGUUGCUGCAUCAGAGAUCCCUGCGUCAGCAUAUGAGAAAACAAAUGUAGAUAAAAAUAUGCUUUCAACGAAGGCAAAUACAAAAAUGUGUUUUCCUCAGAACGUGAUAAUUGACUCACAUAUUGAAAAUGUGGGAGAAAUUGAUUUAGAAAUUCCGGCAGAGACGCAGGUUGAGAUGGAUCUUCUGCAAAUGACAGCAGAUACAAUGCAGAGUGAAUUGAAUCUAGGCUCAAUUGCGGAACGCGAAGUCAAAAAGUGGUACAAUGCUGUCGAAAUGCCCAACAAUCCCUAUGCCCCCGAGGCGCUCAAGCAACGCAUAAGCGGCACCCAGGAGCGCUUCAUGGACGUGCCCAACAUCAGUCCUAGUGUGGAGCAAAAGGCGUUGGCUCAGAUGACCACCGAAAUCGUGGAGCCUGCCAGUCGUGCCGAGGACUACAAGCGUUAUAGUCGGGACUAUUACAUCAACGAUGCGCCCAGCGAGAGCAGCAAAGCGCAGUCUUUGGCUGGCAGCGUCAGUGCUAGCGCCUGCAGCAUGGAGCCAACAACAGCGCCAACCGAUGAGGAUAUUGUCAUCAAUGAGGCUUCAAAUGCAAACAAAAAUGCAGCCGACGCGUCCUGUGUUUAUACAGCAAUGCCCGUCCAGGUGAUCGAUGAGGGCAAUGCAAGUCUGGAGACGCAAUCGAAUCCAUCGAUGCAAUCGCAGCACACGACCAGCGAUGACUCGGAUACGGUGCGUGUCUACGACUUCAAUAACCAGGAGACACGAGUCAUCAGCAAGUCGGAAACUGUGGGCGAACAGCCCAGCACAUCGAGCACAUUAUCUAUGGAGUCGGCUCUUAGUGCACCCUCCGCCUCCUCCUCCUCCAUAGAUGCGUCUCGCAAACGUGAAAGACCCGUCGUGCUUCAAUUUGGACCCGCUGAUGCGGUGCCCACAGUCUGUUCGUCACCCACAAUGACUCCGACACGCGGUUCCACGCCGCCAGCUUUUAGAUUUCUGCAACCGAAGCGACGCCUAAUCGAACCAAGCCAAGUUUUGUCCAUAGACGAAGAUGAAGUGCCUGAACCAAGCACGCCGGUGGAAAAACCGCCAAUCGAAGAUGAAGUGGCACAUGCGAUGCCCUCAGUGAAGGCGCUGGCUCAAGCCUUUCUGCUAACCAGCAAACGAACGCAGCCCGAACGACGCUGGCGAAAGACUGUGCGACUGAUUGCGCCACCCGAGACACCAGAGAAACCAUCCACGCCAGUGUCACGUAGGCAUAUGCUGCAACAUGCCGUCUCCAUGGCUGAGGUGGCCGAUGAAUCCACAAUUGCCUCCGAUUUGUCAUCACUCGAAACCGAUCCAUCCAUACAUUCGGAGAGCCAACCCAGUCCCAUUCCCGUUGCCGCACAGGCGAGUCCAGUGCCCGUGCGUCGUGGCUUCCUUAGGAGUAAUAUUGCUUUCUUUGAGAAUUUAAAGUUCAAGUGAAUAUGCCGCCAAGAUCCCUUUUUGAGAUGCGCGCGGCCCUUGGUUGCCUAUUCCACGCCCGGAAUAUGCACAACAAUGGGAGCAGAGCAUCAUGCACCUGGAUACCAAAUCAAUAUAUCAAUUCACAACCAAAUAAUCAUGUGCCAUGGCCAGACACACAUUCAAAAGUAUUCAGAUGAUGAUAAGAAGUACUUAAACAAUUGUCGCCCAGUGUGCGUUAUCUAAUGUUAAUUCUAGUUGAUACUUUACUAAUUAAUUAACUAUCCAUGGAUACUAUUUAUUACAUAUUUUAUCUAUUUAUAAGAAAUGUUCUUAGCUUUAAGCUAUGCAAACAUCAUUUGAAUUUGUUAUUUAUCGGACCUGUACCUCGAUAUAAACAUAAAAUUGUCGAUGUAUCAUCAUUUACAUAUUACAUUAAAAUUACAG